AUGCCUCCGCCACCUCCCCCGCCACCUCCACCGCCACCGCCACCACUUGCCGCGGCUCCACCGCCGUCGGAUAACGCCCGAAAUGCCCUCCUCGGCGAUAUUCACGUGAGUUUUUACCGGAAAAAUCUGAUUUUUUUUUCGUCUAAAAACAAUAAUUUCAGAAAGGAUUGAAGCUCAAAAAGACGGUAACAAACGAUCGAUCGUCGCCUUCAGUGGGAAAAGUGGUCGGAGCCGGUGGAAAUUCGGGAAGUUCGAACGGAAGUGCGGCUGCUCCCGCGGCCAAACCGCCUCCAAUGGCUUCCGGAGGCAUCGGAGGGCUUUUCGCCAACGGAUUACCGUCGAAACCGAGCGAGAAUAAGAUCAGAAGAGCCACCACGAAUAUCGGUAACAUUUUUGAGUGUUUUUUGCAUGAUUAAAGCCAACCAUAUUUGCAUGAAUUUACCCUAAAAGCGCACUAACUCAUUCUCAGGACCUCCUCCGUCGGCUUCUGCUGCUCCGCCCCUUCCGCCACCAGUUCCGGCCCCAAUUCCAGCUGUCGAAGGUAACAUUUUCAGUUUUCAACCCUUUUUCGGUUGUUUUUCCCUCUAUGUUCCGUUGUUUUUCAGUGAUUUCCCCUAAUUUCUACACUAAUUUCCUCUAAUUUGCAGGUCGGAAGCCGUCCAUCGUGCCCUCCUCCUCAUUUUCUCACUCUCCCGCUCCGGCUCCACCUUCGCCGCCUCCGUUGUCCGUUCCGAGCUCAAAACCGACGCCCCCGCCGCCGCCGCCAGCUCAACAAGCCAAACCUGGGGUUAGUUAUAGGAAGAAUUGAAUUUUUCUGUGAGAAAAGUGAAAAGCAUGGUUUUUGUGCGGUUUUCGUGUUUCCGUGCAUCGUUUCCGUCAGUUUCAGGUGGAUCGUGAACAAUUCCGCACAAUGCGUCCUCUCCGUCCGGCCAACGACAAGCCGACAAUGAUGAGAAGAAGCGGCAGUUCUGAGGUUCGCUUUUGCUGUGAAAUUGCGGCUUUUCGGUCGAAAAACGCGUGACAUAUCUUGUUUUUUGUUAAAAUGUUCAUUUUUCAUUCGAUUUCGUGUAAAAUGUGGAGAAAAUCGGUUCGUUUGUUGAUCUUCCUAAAUUUUUAGUAAUUUCUUUGCAGGACAUACCCCAAACGGGCACAAUUUCGUCGAGCCGAAUGGCCCGCCCGACCGCCCCGCCACCAGCUCGACCGGCUGCUCCCCCUCCGCCGGUCCCCAUAGCCACACCCUCCAUCGCCCAGUUGUCCAGCAGAUUCCAGCCGUCCAGGUACGCUUUUUCACUCGAAAAUUGACAAUAAUUUGACAGUGCACAAAUAUAAAAUUUGUAAAAAUAGCUAUUCCAUUGCAGAUCCACGGAAGACGCUCCGCCCCCGCCGCCUCGGAUCGCCUCAAAAGCGACGGUCUCUGCGGGACCGGGAAGGGCCCCUCCGCCGCCGAUUUUGAGCGCUUCGCCGGCCCCGGCGCCCCCGCAAGCUCAUUCUCCGUACCCGACCAUGAUGUCCACGGCCAUCGUUUCGUCAAAUGUUCUAUUUCAUCCGCUCAGCAGGUUCGUAUCGCUGGUUUUUUGUUUAAAAAAAAUUGAUUAAAUCGCGACGUUUGUUUUUUGCAGGUUCCACUUUACGCCGCUCGCGAAUCUGCCGCCGCCACCGAGAGCCGGAGGUCGAAAUUGA